AAUUGAUACAAAAAGUAUCUAGUCAAUUUUUGUGGAACUUUUUGACCAGUCCAGCGGUCACAGAGUGAAGAGCGUUCGUCCAAAAGCAUGUUUUAUUGUCUUUGCUGUCUUUGUUUGUAGUAAAAAUAUGUUGUAUUCGUAUGUUUUAGUUUAUGUUCUCAUGUUCUUCAUUUUUUGUGCGUAUGCGUUCUUUUUGUAUCUUCUUCUUACUCUUCGCAUGUUCAGAAAUUUACGGCGUAUCGCAGGAUUCCGAUUCUGACUCCACAUUCCACUAGUUUGUUAACGUUUUUUAUAAGAAAUUCUUAAGCAUAUUCUAAUACGACUUCUUUACAUCUAUUAUAUUUCGAUAAAUGUUGAUCAACUGGCUAAAUUUUGAGAUUUGAACAAGUUCACUACUUCACUCAAGACUUCCACAUUCAGAGUUAGAUUUAACAAGAACUUAGAUGCGAGAACGCGACAGCUGGACAAGUCCAUAUUUUUGAAUUGACAAUAAUUUAACCAAAAGGAUUGCUUUGGAUGUACCUAUUUUUACUACAUUAGGUACUUAAGUGUUUUCCGUAUAUGUUUCUAAAAUCUAUGAAUACAACAUAUACUUAGGUUUUAAUAAACUGACGAUAUAUUAUAAUAGUGUUGAGAAAAAUACUGGCUGUGGAAAUCAAAUUAACUUCUAACCAUGGUUACCAUAACAAACAUGAUAACUAUCGAAGCUUUGAUGACUUUUGAAAAAAACCUCAUCAGCAAAUUUGAGUGCCCUGUAUGCUUCAAAUACAUGAAUCCUCCAAUAAGACUAUGUCUCUCUGGACAUAGCUACUGCAAUCAAUGUUUUGAAAAGCUUAAGAACUGUGCUUUAUGUAGAGCCAACAAGAGCCCUUACCGAUGCAUCGUAUUGGAGCAAAUACAUGCAACUCUCACAUUUCCAUGUAGAUAUCUUGAUCAGGGAUGCAAUUUUAGUGGAAAGGGUGACUUAAUGACAACUCACCAGGAAUAUUGUGAAUUUUCUUCAGUUUUAUGCCCAUUGAGCAUGGCAACUAACGAAACUAUUGUAAAAAGCCUCAUUAGUAAUUUCGAGUGCCCUGUUUGCUUUAAAUACAUGCAUCCUCCAAUAGGACAAUGUGUGUCUGGACACAGCUUUUGCACUCACUGUUUUGAGACCAUUGAGAACUGUGCUUUAUGUAAAGCUGAGAAGAGCCCUUACCGAUGCAUUCUUUUGGAGCAAAUACAUGCCUGUCUCUUAUUUCCAUGCAAAUAUUGUGACCAGGGAUGCAUUUUCAGUGGAAAGAGUGACUCACUGACAACCCAUGAGGAAUAUUGUGAAUUUUCUUCAGUUUCAUGCCCACUAAGGUUUGUAAGAUACAGGAGCUGCAAUUGGAAAGGAAUGCGAUCUGAAAUAAUAGGCCAUUGCAAAACCAAUCAUCCGGGUAAAAUAGUGUUUCAAAAGGAGAUAACCCGAACAGUCACAACUUUUUACCCAGUUGCAGACAGACGCAAAAUCCACUAUCAGUAUCACUACAUACUACUGUACAUACACGACACUCUGUUCCGUUGCUAUUGGGACGUAAAUGCAGAAAGCGGCUUAAUGAGGUUUGCUGUGUACUCUUUGGAUAAACCAUCGUUCGACAAGACAUUCUUAUUUAAGAUUGGAAUAUUUUUAAAAAACACAGGAAAAGAAGUAGUUUCUUUGCUAGGACCCUGUUACCCACUGAAGAAUGAUAACAACAAAUUCAUCGGAAACAUGUAUUUGACGACAAAUUUUGAUAUGAUUAAAGAUCUUUGUGACACUAGCGGUACUCUUCGCUAUUCGAUAGAAAUUAUUGAUAGAAAACUUGUUCUACCACAAAUUAUUGACAUCGAAAAUAAAACUGAAAAUGAAAUUGAAAAUAAAAUUAAAAGUUAAAUUGAAAUACAGUAAUCAGUUAUUUGUUAUCAGUAAUCAGUUAUCAUUAAAAUUAUUUGCAUGUUUGAUAUUUUAACACUUAAAUUUAGUUUUUAUUAAUUGGUUAUUUUUAGUUUCUAAGAUGUGUUCAUUUCUUUGCUAAUUGCAGUUCCAUGGCCAUGGAGAGAAAUGUUUUUAACCAAUUAGCCUAGAUAUUGGUUAUUAUCAAUUAAAACAAACUUGCAAGGGUUAUAACCUAAUUUUUUUUUUCGCUGAAUAUAUUUAGGGACAUAGUUUAGUUGUGUUGUUUACAAUAAGUUUUAGUAAUAUACAGGGUGGCUGAACUUCGCAUUCUAAGAUACCAAACGAAAGGUUACAACGUAAUCAUUUCCUGUUUCCUUAAUUAGUUCAAGACAAAAGUCAGAAAAUAUUUGUGAAAUAUUCAAAUGCGUGUUGAAAAGCUGCUGAAAUUGUUUAUCAAAUUACAUACUUACAUUACAUUACAAACAUUUAAAACAUUUAGUAAAUUUUCUAACAGCAUCGUGUCAUCUGUGAAAUGCUGCAUUAUACAUUAAGAAGUUUUAAAAACUUGAUGGUAUCACUGUGUAUUAUACAGCACCUACACAUAUUACAAAAUACUGGUUUAACUUUGAUAAGACUGCGAGGCAUAAUUUGGCACCCUUUUUAGAUAUAACUUUUUGAAAGAAUAAACGUUAGAUUAUUAGUUUUGAUGUUUCUCAAUAAAUAUUCGCUCCACCAACCUAGAAGAACUCAGAAUAACAGAGUCAGCACCAAUUACAUAAUUAUCAAAGAAAUUACUAACGAAGUCCAUAAACUAUCUGCUGUUAUACAUUAUACUCCUUCAUUUUUCUUUAAAACGUCUUCCUGUAGAAAUUUCACAAACAUUUUUACCAUAAGGUUACCUAAAUACUCAUACAAAUAUGUACCUUUAUUUUUCCAGAAUAUUGGGAACGGCUAUAAAAUGUCUUUCUUGUGGACCAACCUCUGGAACCUUAGGCCUUUGAUUAACUAUUUACUGUAAAUGGAUACUGCCCAUACUGUUGUUUGUGCAAAAUAUUUUUAAUAUUUUAUAUUUAACAUAAAUUUGCGCCUUCAAAAAUAGUUUUCAAUAACUUUUAAUGAAAGAAAACAAGAUGAAUUUACCAGUUGACGAAUUUCAAUAAGAAAUUACAUAAGAUUACAUAAUUACAAUUACAUAAUGCAGAUUAUAUAAUGCCAACUGUAAAAAUGGAGUUGAUCUACAUUGAUAUGUGGCAGUAUUCAUUUGGAGUUUGUAAAAAUGCUGAAAAAGUUCGAUUUUUGUAAUUUUCUUAAGUUGAGGAUCAUUAUUAUAACGUACUCCGAUUUAGUCUAGAAAGCCACUGCGCAUCCGCUAGGAAAAAUAUUCUGAUUCGGAUUUUUUGCACAAUCUUACUCUAAAAGGACUACUUUUAACAAAUUUGCA